AUGGCCGACCAUUCAAUGGCCGACCAUUCGGGCGCCUCACCCGCGCCCCCUAAAAAUGUCCAGCGGGGGGGAUUAUCUUGUCGCCUUCCGUACGUCUUCCUCUGUGCGACCCUUUGCGCCAUUGCGAUUGCGCAUGAUCACUUGAAGCGCAACGAAGAUGAAUUACAGAUGAUGCGCGGCGAUAUCAUCCAUCUGGAGGAGAUGGAUGAGGAAUUCCAAGACGGAUGGUGGCUUGGAGAACACACCCGCUCCAGUCAAAAGGGUCUCUUCCCUGCAUGUUUCACUCGCAAGGCCGAGGUUCACGAUCUCCCUCGGGCCCAUGUGCGCCCAGCCAAUUUAGGUGCUAUCAAUACCAACCCUUCCCCCCAGGGCGUGAUCGCUUCCGAAAACACCGAGUCGCCUGCACAAAUCGAACCGUCAACACCAGUGGAGUCUUCUUUCGUCUCAGCCGGCAGCGAACAAACAACGCCCCAGGCGUCACGCCAUGCAAGCACCUCCGAUGUCUAUGAAUCGGUGGACUCUCCCCAACAACAGCGAUCGGCUUCCUCUCCAUUGCCCCGACCAAGUCUAUUGGCGGAGAUCCAGCAAACAUUCCGACGAUCCAUUGAUAGCCAUGCCAAUGGCGAGGAGAGCCCCGUGAUGAAUGAAACUUUGAGCGUCAUCGACGAGCACAUCACCGAUAUGAACACCCCCCGUCAUAGCGUUUCGACCCAAGACGCAAAAACGAUCAAUGACUCGGGCAGUGAAUACAGUAGCCAUUUCAGCCAUCGAAUCUCAUACAUCAAUGGGAAUGAGACGGAUGAGGAAGAAGGUGACGGCCCCACUGAGGAACAGGUUCGACAAUGGAAUCAGACUGAAACCGCCAAGCAAAUGCGAGAGCUCGGAAUGGAUCCCAGACACUGCGAGAUUUUCGAGGAACAAGAAAUCACAGGUGAUGUGCUACUUGAUAUGGACCAAGAUUUCAUUUUCAUGAAAGAGUUCGACUUUGGUGUUAUGGGUAAACGACUCAAGACCUGGCAUAAGGUCAAGGCAUUUCAAGAAGAAGUCCGGGGUCUGAAACAACCCCAGACUCAGGCCCCCACAAGAGCUUCCGUCGCCGGCUUCUCCAAUGGUCCCGAAGAACGAUCUCUGUCUCGUGCCGGUCAUACGGGGCCCUUCUUGCCACGCAUCCCGACCGUGUCGGAGAAGACUGGCGCAGGCUACCCCCGAGUUUCCGCUGUCCCUGGCCAACACCCAAGACUAGCCAGCAAUGCUAGCUCUCCUGUCACACCCCACACUCCUCCCUACGGCCAUGAUUCACCAAGGCGAAUUUCUGCAGCCUCAAUCCGUGAUCUCAACCACACACGAAGACAUUCUUCCAUCGACACAACUCAUCGUGUCCCUCCUGACUCCACCAUGAAUGGCCAUAAGAAAAAGCCAUCAUUUGAUCGAGCUUGGACCCUCAACAAUGGGGGUCAUGGCCUACCUACUCGCCCAGGGACCUCACUUGGUACUACAGCGUACCGCGGACCACAGUUCGCCGCUACGGAAUCAGAGCCAAACACGCCUGAGCACAUGGAUGACCUUGAUCGAGGCUACUUCUCCGGAACUGAGGUGGAUUCCCGUCGAAAUCGACGCGUUCUACAGAAGCGGACAUCCGCCAGCGGAAGCAUCAGCCAUUCCCGGAAGUCAAGCUACGCUGCGGAUGACAGGGUCGCCAAGACAACUGGCAAACGUCAAUCGCGCAUCGCCAGCGUGGACUCUAUACGUGAUGCAGCUAGGCAUGUCUCUACUGCGGCCGAGAAUUAUCACGGCACCCCACCAAAGAGUCGUUUUAGAAGCUUGAGUACACGUGUCUCUGAGCGAAGCGGUAAUGAUUCCCAGGAUAGCAAGACCGGUUUCUUUUCAAGCCUAGGUCCCUUCAUGAAGAAGGGUAGUGAUUCGGACAGUUCUGCACGUGCCUCGCCAUUCACUCUCCCGAAAAUCGGCGGUGCAGGUCAAAGAGUUCGACGAGCCGUUGGGCUUCGCGCUAUUUCUGAUGUUGUUGGGAAGGGUAGCACCGAUAGCUCAGCUCCAGUCUCGCCCCGUGACUACGACCCUACGUCUGGUCGCACUGGAUCUACAACUCCUUCGGCAACGUCUAAGAGCUCCGAACGCCACAGUACAGACGGGUCAGGUAAAGCUGCUGAAAAUCCCGGCAUGAUUAAUCGCCCCCGAACAGUCAAAUCCAAAAAGGACACUAGUGCAUAUACCCGUGGCCUAGAGAAGAAGGCGCCAAAGGAGCAGAUGGACGGCUGCGACUACAGCGGAUGGAUGAAGAAGAGAUCAUCCAAUCUCAUGACAACAUGGAAGCCUCGACUUUUUGUGCUGCGUGGUCGCCGUCUAUCCUACUACUACUCCGAGGAAGACACUGAAGAGCGAGGUCUCAUCGAUAUUACAGCCCAUCGUGUGCUGCGGGCAGAUAAUGAUCCUAUAAUCGCGCUGCAUGCCACAGUAACCGGCUCCACCUCGCAACCCGCCAAUGCGAACGCUAGCGAAGCUUCCAAACUCACCACUCCUGCAGUCCUUGCCUCGCUUGCUGGCAAGGAAGGAAGCGGACCUUUCUUCUUCAAGCUCGUGCCGCCAAAGUCGGGUAACUCACGAACUGUCCAAUUCACCAAACCCACCACCCACUACUUCCAGGUUGAUAAUGUCCAAGAAGGUCGCUUGUGGAUGGCGGCCCUGAUGAAGGCUACUAUCGAACGUGAUUUGUCUCAAGUGGCAGAGAGUACCAACAAACAAAAGACAAUCAGUUUGAAACAAGCCCGGCUGAUGAACCAACGCCCACCCGCCUUGAUGGCCAAUGCGUCCGGUCCGGAGUCCGACCGUCUUCCCGAUGAGUUAAUCGAAGAGGAAGACGAAGAAGAGCACGGACUUCGGAUUGAAGGCUUGAAUUUGGCCAAACCGCCAUCAACCGAAUCCAGUUCGUUUGUCGAUGCGAAGGCGGACAUACAAGACAACACGCCAACGGCCAACGAUCGGCCCAUGUCCAACCCUCUCGGAGAAAUCGACACUGGAAAUAUCUCCCUUCUUCCUAGUCCCUUGGCUAAGAUGGAAUCGCAGUAG